AUGGCGCUGAAGGAGAGCGGCGGCGCGGCCCCCAUCCUGCCCAUCAGCGCCGUGGUGUCCUCCUCCUCCUCCUCGUCGGCGGCCGAGGGGGGCUGCGCCUUCCCGGAGGUGGUGGAGCUGAACGUGGGCGGGCAGGUGUACGUGACCAAGCACGCCACGCUGCUGAGCGUGCCGGACAGCACCCUGGCCCGCAUGUUCGCCCCGCGCCGCGGCGCCCCGCGCGAGCUGCCCCGCGACAGCCGCGCGCGCUUCUUCAUCGACCGCGACGGCUUCCUGUUCAGGUACGUGCUGGACUACCUGCGCGACCAGACGCUCGCGCUGCCCGACCACUUCCCGGAGAAGGAGCGCCUGCUGCGCGAGGCCGAGUUCUUCCAGCUGGCCGAGCUGGCGCGGCUGCUGGCGCCGCGCGGGGCCCGGCGGGGCUCGCUGCACGACGAGGGCUGCCCCAGCGACCCGGACGACGGGCCCGAGCCCCCGACCCCCGCCGCCGACCCCCGCCCCGGAGAGCGGCGCGCCGGCUUCCUCACCGUCGGCUACCGCGGCUCCUACGCCGCCGGGCGGGACGGCCAGGCCGACGCCAAGUUCCGGCGCGUGCCCCGCAUCCUGGUGUGCGGCAGGAUCGCCCUGGCCAAGGAGAUCUUCGGCGAGAGCCUCAACGAGAGCCGCGACCCCGACCGGCCCCCCGAGAAGUACACCUCCCGCUUCUACCUGAAGUUCACCUACCUGGAGCAGGCCUUCGACCGCCUCUCCGAAGCCGGCUUCCACAUGGUCGCCUGCAACUCCACCGGCACCGCCGCCUUCGUCAACCAGUACCGGGAGGACAAGAUCUGGAGCAGCUACACCGAGUACAUCUUCUACAGACCGCCUCAGAGAACAGCCUCCCCCAAGCAAGAACACGAAGACAGAAAGCAUGGGAAAAUCGCAGACAAAGGAAGCGAGAGUGGAACCUCCUGCAACGAAUUGUCCACCUCUAGUUGCGACAGCCACUCUGAACCAAGCACACCACAGGAAAAUGCGGCUACCUCCCAGCCAGCCACUGGGCACCAGCCAAAUACGCUAACUUUGGAUCGGCCCUCUAAGAAGGCCCCUGUGCAAUGGAUGGCACCUCCAGACAAACGCAGGAACAGUGAACUUUUUCAGACUCUCAUUAGCAAGUCCAGAGAAACAAACCUUUCCAAAAAGAAGGUGUGUGAGAAGCUGAGCACUGAAGAAGAGAUGCAGAAAUGCAUCCAGGACUUCAAAAAAAUCCACAUUCCAGAUUGUUUUCCUGAGCGCAAGCGCCCUUGGCAGUCUGAACUGUUACAGAAAUAUGGGCUAUAGUCUUUUCAGUAUUUCUUGACAUAUCAAAUGGUGCGUUCAGUGUUUAUUAAGUUGCCACUUUAUUACUGAUGUACUUCUUCUUUCCAGUCUACUCUGAGGUAGACCGAGUCAU